GUUUUUGGGACGGCGCACACGCAAAAAAUCGUGCAUUACUGUACUCUCACGGCCGCACCGCUGGAGGCAGAGGCCCUCGCGACGCCCCCGACGCGCCUGCGCCAGCGAUCAACGCCGCGGCGCCGCGAGCACUCGUCAGCAGACUAAGGCAUAUCACGCCGCAGCCGCACGAGGAAGCACAAAGGGAAGAUGGCCGACGCGCGAAGCCCAAGGAAGCGCGGCCGCGACGCCCGGCGCGACGACAGCCCGCCCCGACGGCGGCCACCCCCCAAAAAACAGGACAAAGUCGACCGAAAGACGGAGUGCCCCUUUUUACUGCGCGUGUUCUGUAAAAGGGACGGCCACAAUAAGAUCGACGACUACAGUCCGACGAGCGUCCCGAACUGCGAGGAGCUCCAGCUCUAUACGUGGCCCGAUUGUACACUAAGAGAACUCACGGACUUAGUGAAACACGCGCUGAGCGACGCGAGACGGCCGCGGUGCCGGUUGUCCUUCGCUGUUGUGUAUCCAGAUAAAAAAGGUCAAACGGCGAUGAAGGAGGUCGGGUUGAUUUGGUCGACGAACACGGCGCGGAGCGCUCCGGAGGCGGAGCGGAAAACAUUGAGAGAUUUACGGUUUCAAACAGGAGACUUCAUCGACUGCGCGAUCCACUUUCCCAAGAUCAACGGGCCCGGGGGCCAGUACGUGGGGCCGUGGGGCCAGCUCGAGCCGCCGGAGUCGCCCGGCGCGGACGCGUCGUCUCCUACCUAGUGGUUUUAAGAGGUCUUGAGUUAGC